AUGUGUCAAAUGUGGAUGAGGAUCCGUGCAGGCGUACGGUGGAAACCCGGAGAAAUGAGAGCCCUUGCAUGUCGGGGGAUCGAUCUGAAGCAAGUGAAGAGCAUCAAGAUUAGCAUGGAUCCCUUUCACAAGGAUAAUGUUGCGUUAAGAGAGUUCUGGUUCGCCGUUACUGCUCCCAGAAUCAAAGCAACCAACCCGUCGGCCAAGGUCAUCCCCGAGCUCAGGAAUGACGGGAAAUCACCAUUCUUCGAGGCAGAUUUGGGUAGGUGUUUUAGUGGCUACGGAUAACAAGAUGAGCCCUUAAUGACGUCCUCUCUACGUCAUUCGUUUCAGCCGACGGAAAGAAACUCCGCUUUUUAACAGAGGGAAUGAGCACUGCAGAUGUCGUUAUGAAGUUCAACACUUUACUGGGUAAUCCACCCAUCGGGAAAGCCGGCAUCAGACCUCCUAUCCAGUAG